UUAGUUAAGACUAUUGUUUAAUUUAAUAACUAAUCUAACUCCUAGGCGAGCUGCUUAACAUGAUAUCUAAGACACUUCUAAGUAAACUUCCCGAGUGUUGUGUGAGGUUCAACACCGUGGACAAGAUUCUGAGUUAACCUUCGUGGUGUCGAUGAAGUUUAGAUAAGCAUCCACCUCGCCUAAUUAGGAUCCUACAGUUCCCUAUUUUUUUUUUUUUUUUGAGGAAAUUUUCCUUUUUUGCUGCCCUCAUACGUUUGGACAAUAUGUUCACAAGAUUUCAGAAAGUUAGGCCCAUACUGCACGCCGCCAUAGCCCUUGAAAAGCAACAGCAGCAAACAACUACAUUUAUCCUGAAGAGCCAAUCUUCCCCUUUCUCGACAGGCACUGUAUAAUCCUACGGGUUUAGCGCUUUCCCUUUGAUUAUAAUUAUAAUAAAUUCCCCUUUCUUAAAUUGAACCUGAUUUCCUCCCAUUUCUCAGGCGCUAUAUGACCCUUGUGUGUCAGCCUAUAUAACAUUUUAUUAAAUAAAAUCAUCUUUGUAAAUACACAAUAAAAAUUUAAGAGUUACUGUAAUUGUCAUGUACUACAUGAAUAUGGAAGGAAACUGUUGGGAUGCAGCUGUUUUAAGACGGCAGAUCAUGUCAUCCAGCCCUGAAUUACGAGCAUUGGAAUCUAAAAUUCAUGCCUGUGCUCUUACUCGUGACAACAGUGCAGCCAUUGCAGAAAAGGAGGCCCAGAGGAAAAUAUUAGAUUGUCAAGACAAGAAAUAUGCUCAACUUGUGAAGCAGCUGGAAUCUGAGGAACAAUUGUCUAAUGCCAUCUCAUGUGCAGCAAGACAAGCAAAGAGGCUAGAGACACAACAGGUUCUGAAGGAACAAAUUGCCAAAAAGGCUGAAAUUAAAGCUAAAAUGGAAGCCGAGAAAACCCUGGAAAUGUUAUCUGAGAUCGAUGAGGACAGGUUAAUAAAAAAAGAAAAAGAAGAGCAGUUGAAGAAAAAGCAGGAAUCUCAAAAACACAAUCAUCAGAUCUUCUUGAAGCAGAGUCAGCUGAGGAAGCUAAAGCAAGAGGAGCAAAAACUUAAGGACAGAAAUUUGGCACGGUCAGCCGAGGAAUAUAACUUAAUAGUGGACCUACAGAAGGAAGUGGAGAGACAAAAGGAAGAAAUGCAGAGACUUCAGCAAAAUUGUCGAGAGCUGACCUUAGUGAAGCAACUUGAGAAGCAGCAGCAUUCAAGAGAUGUUCUUCGAGAUAUGCGUCUAGAGUUGGAAGUAUUGGAGGUGCAGGCUGAGGAGAAGAAACAUGCAGAAAACAAACAACAAAGAGAAGUAGCAGCUAAGAUUAACCUAAGAGAAGGCUGGGAUAAUCAGUUACGGUAUAAAGCAAGAGCAGAUGCUAAAGAGCGAGAAAAAGAAGCAGAGUAUCGCAAGCUGCUACUCGAGGUGCUGGCUGAGGAGGCAAGACUUGACCAGUUGGUGUCAGAAGCUCGAAGGCGACGACAGCUAGACCACAGGCUCCUUGUGGAUCAGCUGUUAGAGGAAAGAAGAGCCAUGCGGGCCACCAUCGUGAAGCAGCGCCAGGAGGAGGACAUGACUGCUCACCAUUAUGAACAGCUGAGGAAGUGUAUGGUAGAGGAAGAGGAGAAACAGCUGCUUCUGAAACAUGCCCCUCAGCUGAUGUCACAUUUUACACCACAGUUACUUGCCAGACUCAGGCAACUACUGUAACUCAUAUUUGUAUUGUAAACUUUGGCUACUUGGCCAUUCACCAGGCUUAGAAAGCUCCUUUGCCAAUCACUCAUUUUACACCAUAGCUGUUUCCAAGGAUUAGACAGCCAUGUUGUGUUGGCUGUUUGGGCCUGCUGACUGCUAGCAGCCAGCAAAAAAAUUUAGUAGGUGGGCUAAAAGUUUUUAUGUUUAUUACAAAUAAAAAUCAAAUCGAACAUUACUUAUUUUUUUUACCUGUCAGUUUGGAAUGUUUUCAAUUACAAAUAAUCAAUGAAAUGCACUUGUUGGUGUACUGAUAACAUAACUUCAGUACUGCUGCAAAAUAAUUUUUUCACAAAGUCAAUUUCGAUAAGUGUUAACUUAUUGAAAUUGGUCCUCCUACCUUUGCUGCUUUGCUAGCAGUAAUGUUGGUACAGCUGGAUAUGGAUCAAAAUGAGCCAUUUCCAAUCAAAUUCAUGCAGAGUAGUUUGCACUUUGUAAAGACACUGUCGUUUUGUCACUACAAGAGAGAUCAUGGAAGACCCUUCUUCUUUCAACAAACCAGAUGUUUCCCACUGAAGCAGGGUGGCCCAAAAAGAAAAACAAAAGUUUCUCUUUUUAACUUUAGUAAUGUUUACAUCAUUUGCAUGAUAUGGCUGUUAUUGUACUUUGGUGGGUCAGAAUAAGACAUGUGAACCACUGAAUUUGACAUACCAUGCAUCUUAUUCAUCAAUUUUUAGAUACUGUAUAUUAAUUUGACCAAUGAAGCCUGAACUAAUUUUUUUUAUUAACAAAUUGGCUGUUUCCCACCAAGGUAGGGUGGCCUGAAAAAGAAACUUUCAUCAUUCACUCCAUCACUGUCUUGCCAGAGGCAUGCUUACACUUCAGUUAUAAAACUGCAACAUUAACACCCCUCCUUCAGAGUGCAGGCAUUGUACUUCCCAUCUCCAGGACUCAAGUCUGGCCUGCCAGUUUUCCUGAAUCCCUUCAUAAAUGUUACCUUGCUCACACUCCAACAGCACGU